CCAGGGAGGUUCCCCAGCUCCUCCACCUGCCGGGCCCUGCACACAUCUGUCACCAUGUGGUUCCUGGUCCUGUGCCUCGCCCUGUCCCUGGGGGGGACUGGUGCUGUGCCCCCGAUUCAGUCCCGGAUUGUGGGAGGCUGGGAGUGUAAGCCGCAUUCCCAACCCUGGCAGGCGGCUCUGUACCAUUACAGCACCUUCCAGUGCGGGGGCGUCCUGGUGCACCCCCAGUGGGUGCUCACAGCUGCCCACUGCAUCAGCGACCAUUACCAGCUCUGGCUGGGUCGCCAUGACUUGUUUGAGGAUGAAGACACAGCCCAGUUUGUUCUUGUCAUUGAGAGCUUCCCACACCCUGACUUCAACAUGAGCCUCCUGAAGAACCCCACCCGCCUCCCAGGCGAGGACUACAGCCAUGAUCUCAUGCUGCUCCAGCUGAAGGAGCCUGUCCAGAUCACAGAUGCUGUGAAGGUCGUGGAGUUGCCCACCGAGGGUGUCGAAGUUGGGAGCACCUGUUUGGCCUCCGGCUGGGGCAGCAUCGAACCAGAGAAGUUCUCAUUUCCAGAUGUUCUUCAGUGUGUGGACCUCAAAAUCCUGCCUAAUGAUGAGUGCGACAAAGCCCACACCCAGAAUGUGACAGAGUUCAUGCUGUGUGCCGGACCCCUGGAAGAUGGCCAAGAUACCUGUGUGCUAGCUGUAGCCUCCCGCCCCAUCAGUGCCCCAGCUCCCCUCCCUUCCCCUGCCCAUUCAGGUACAACUGCAUCUCACCCCCCCGACACCAGAGUUCACCGUUCCUCCCGGUAACGCAGUUACUGUUGAGUCAGAGAGGUGACCUCUGUGAUGGCCUGCCCCUCCUCCCACUGACCUGUCUGCAGGGACUGUCCUCCUGGACCCUGCCACAUACGCAGGAGUUGGACCCUGAAGUCCCUUCCUCCUUGGCCAGAACUGGAGCCCCUGGCCCCUCUAUGGGAAUCCCUGCCCACCUUCCUCUGGAAGUGGGCACUGGAGGCCCUUUCUGAGAGCUGAGGCUCCCCAGGCAGAACUGGGCCCCACACACCUUUGUCACUCUCCCCUUCCACC